GUUAUCAAUCAUGCAUCGCGAAGAAGACCAUAAAUAGGUGUUUUACGUUUUAGGGUUGUAAAAAAACUUCUUCCAUAUCUCGGCCGAGGCUUCCUCUGCUCGGGAUCGACCGCGAGAGCUUCGCUCCACCCCGCGCGGCCGCGCCUGCCGCCUGCGCUAGCCGGAGGUCGGCCAGCCGCCCCAGCCUCAACAGUCGCACAGCCGCCGCCGAGGCAAACUCGAAGCCACCCCGCCGCCGCAGCCACAGCCGCGCCGAGCUUGAGCCGUCGUUGCUCCGCUGAAUCGCCCCCAUCGUCUCUCCUGAAGAGAGAGGACAUUUAUUGAGACAUCAUGCCUAAGAUAAAGACAAGUCGUGUCAAGUAUCCUGAAGGAUGGGAGCUUAUUGAACCAACCAUCCGUGAGUUGGAUGCCAAAAUGAGAGAAGCUGAAAAUGAUCCACAUGAUGGGAAGAGAAAGUGUGAAGCUCUCUGGCCUAUUUUCCGUAUUUCUCAUCAAAGGAGCCGCUACAUAUAUGAUCUUUACUACAGAAGGAAGGAGAUAUCACGGGAGCUUUAUGAGUUCUGCCUGGACCAGAGCUAUGCAGAUCGUAACCUGAUCGCAAAGUGGAAAAAGCCAGGUUACGAGCGCCUUUGCUGCCUUCGGUGCAUACAGACACGUGACCACAACUUUGCAACGACUUGUGUCUGCCGGGUCCCCAAGCAUCUGAGGGAGGAGCAAGUGAUAGAAUGUGUCCAUUGCGGCUGCAGGGGUUGUGCCAGCGGUGACUAAUCUUGUCAUCAUGUUGUUGGGCUCACGACUCAUCAUCACCAUCCUGACCACAUUGGAUGUCUCGUGAGCAUGGAUCGGCUACGGUGAUUAGCAUGAAUGUGUUGUGGUAACUAGUGGGAAGACUAAAUUUCCUGACGUUUGGAUGUUUCCAACUGCUAUGUACUAUAAAGAUUCCUCGUGCCACAAAUGUUUACGUUAAAUUAGUAGCGCUUUUGCAUCUUGUAUGAUUCUGUAAAUUGUUUUUUUAUCACCAAUUGCUCAGGAGCCAGGCUAGUACAUU